CUGAAGACUAGAGCUGAUGCAAAAGCUGCAGAACAAGUCCAUGAAGAAAAUGGGGAUUUGGAGGUCCGCCGAAGCUGCAGGCUUUGCCAAAGCCAUUACACCACUACAAAUCAAUCUGUUUUAUUUGACAAACUUAUACCAAAUACUGCAGAAGCAGUCUUGCAAAAAAUGGAUGACAUGGAGAAGAUGCGUAGACGGCGAAUGAUGGAAGACCUUGGGGUGUUCCACGAUGAGAACCUCGAUAUGUAUGCACAAGGAAAGAAAGAAAUCCAAAGAGCUGACAAAGAAAUAGCUGAUAAUGAAGAGAAAGAUGAUGGUGAAGACACUCGAAAGCGUUAUGACUUUCGACAGAGGAAAACCGUUGAGCGCUAUCAGGCUCCAUUGGAAAAACCAAGACAACGUAAGAGAGAUUUUUCGGGCCGGUCUUCACCUGUCAGACAGAGAUACUCAUUUAGAAGUGCUCAGUCAGAAGGCUCUUGCUGCAAAAGAGCUAACAGACGGAGACACGCAGUCCACAACACAGAUUCCACAUCCCCUUCAUCCACAUCUGAUGACGAAGAGCGUUUUGAGAGACAUAGGAAGCGCAGCCAUAACAGAAAUUUAAGAAGGUGUCUUCCACUAAACUUUCGAAAAGAUGAGCUAAAGGGAAUUCCCAAGGAUCGAAUGACAAUUGGAGCAAGUCUGGCUGAUGUUGAUCCAAUGCAAAUAGAUUGUUCAGUGCGAUUUGAUGGUGUGGGUGGUCUUUCUGACCACAUUUCAGCUUUAAAAGAGAUGGUCGUUUUUCCACUGCUUUACCCAGAAGUCUUUGAGAGAUUCAAAAUUCAACCUCCAAGAGGCUGUCUAUUCUAUGGUCCGCCAGGGACUGGAAAGACACUGGUUGCUCGUGCGCUUGCUAACGAAUGCAGCCAAGGUGAGAGGAGAAUAGCCUUUUUUAUGCGAAAAGGUGCCGACUGCCUGAGUAAAUGGGCGGGGGAAUCUGAACGACAGCUUCGGUUAUUAUUUGAUCAGGCCUACCAGAUGCGACCUUCAAUUAUCUUCUUCGAUGAGAUAGACGGCCUUGCUCCUGUGCGGUCCAGUGAACAAGACCAAAUUCAUAGCUCUAUUGUGUCAACUCUUCUGGCCCUUAUGGAUGGCUUAGAGAGCAGAGGAGAGAUUGUGGUCAUUGGGGCCACCAACAGGCUGGAUUCUAUAGAUCCUGCUUUACGAAGACCCGGCCGCUUUGAUCGAGAGUUCCUCUUCAGCUUGCCAGAUAAAGAGGCUAGAAAAGAGAUUUUCAAGAUUCACACACGAGAUUGGACCCCAAAGCCAUCGGACAUGUUUCUUGAAGAGCUAGCUGAAAAAUGUGUUGGGUACUGUGGUGCUGAUAUUAAAUCCUUAUGUGCUGAAGCUGCCCUCUGUGCUUUGCGCCGCCGCUAUCCUCAGCUAUACAAAAGUAGCGAGAAACUGCAGUUAGAUGUUGCUUCUAUCAAAAUAACAGCAAAGGAUUUUGUCAUGGCAAUGCAGAAGACUGUUCCAGCUUCACAGAGGGCUGUGGCUUCACCUGGGCGAGCGCUAUCAUCUGUUUCAAAACCACUGCUUGAAAACACCUUAGCAAGAAUUUUACAAGCCUUGCAGAGAGUAUUUCCCCAUGCAUAUGCAGUUGACAGUGAUGAGGAAUCGCCAUCAAUCUUUGAAGAUAAGCCAACUCAUCAAAUGCACAGUAGAGAAAAGGAAAAAUUCCUCAAUUUUAGCAGAAAUGCUUAUUACCAGCCAACAUCUUGCAGGCCACGGUUCUUACUAGUUGGAGAGCCAGGAUGUGGGCAAGCUUCUCAUUUGGCACCUGCGGUAAUACAUGCCCUGGAAAAGUUUCCAGUUUAUACGCUAGACCUACCUGCUUUGUUUGUUACCGCCACAUCACCGGAAGAAACAUGUGCACGGUUGAUGCGAGAAGCUCAAAGAACAGCGCCGAGUAUCAUUUAUAUCCCACAUAUCCAUUUGUGGUGGGAGGCUGUUGGAGCUACGCUGAAAGCUACUUUUACAACACUACUGCAGAACAUUCCAGCAUUUGCUCCAGUUUUGCUGCUUGCAACAUCCGAUGUGUGUCACGCAGAUCUCCCAACAGAGAUAAAAGAAUUGUUUAUUGAUGAUUAUGAAGAAGUUUUCAAAAUCCAGUUGCCUAAUGAGGAAGAAAGAAGAAUGUUUUUUGAGGACUUAAUUGUAAAUCAAGCUGCUAAAGCUCCUGCAUCAAAAAACAGUGCAGCGUGGCGGCCAUUGGAAGUGCUGCCUGUAGCACCACCGCCUAAGCCUCAACAGCUGACUGAGGAAGAAAUCAACCAACUGGAGGAGCAGGAGGAGGACACGUUGCGUGAACUUAGGAUUUUCUUAAGGGAUGUGACUCAUAGACUUGCCAUUGACAGACGUUUCAGAGCAUUUACAAAGCCUGUUGACCCAGAGGAGGUACCUGAUUAUGACGCAGUUAUUAAACAGCCCAUGGACCUGUCGGCAAUUCUCUCUAAGAUUGACUUGCACCAGUACCUAACUGCAGGAGACUUUUUAAGAGACAUCGAUCUAAUCUGUAGCAAUGCUUUAGAGUACAACCCAGAUAAAGAUCCUGGAGAUCGUCUCAUUAGGCACAGAGCUUGUACUUUGAGAGAUACUGCGUAUGCCAUAGUGAGGGAAGAAAUAGAUGAAGACUUUGAACAACGCUGUGAAGAAAUUCAAGAAUCUCGUAAGAAAAGAGGUUGUAGCUCUUCAAAGUAUGCUCCCUCUUACUACCGUGUAAUGCCAAAGCAGAACUCCGUUCCUGGGUGUACGAAAACAGACCCAAAGUGUAAUGAAAAAAUGAAGAUAGCAGCAGCACCUGUAGAUGCCAGUACACCCCGCUCUAACAAUUCGUGGGUACGCCGUACGACUCGUGGGACACAUUCUCAGGCAGAAGAGCAACAGGUGACGUGUGCCGAUAAAGCCAAGGAAAUUCUCACACAGCCAGUGAUUGUGGAUUACUAUGAGCUCAAAGAUUUUUCCUCUGGCAAAAUGGGAUGUUUCAAUGGACACUCUUUAAGAUCAAUGAGAAAAAACAUGCCGCCCUGUUCAGACUCUAGCUUUGACAAAAGCAUGGAAAUAUUAAGUGAAAACGUCAAUCGAAGACACUUUACAAGGCAGUUGGCAAAGCCGAAAUCAGACCCAAAAAAAGAAGAAUAUAAAGAAGUCAACAGGACACUGAAGACUAGAGCUGAUGCAAAAGCUGCAGAACAAGUCCAUGAAGAAAAUGGGGAUUUGGAGGUCCGCCGAAGCUGCAGGCUUUGACAAAGCCAUUACACCACUACAAAU